AUCAAGCUAAUAAGGUCGGCAAAAAAAAACUAUAUAGUAAAAUAAUUAAUGUCAUUGUUCAUAAUACAUGCGUAUACAAACAAAAAACUAGUAAUUUAAAAAUGAAUUUGAUUGGCACAUUUGAUUCCUUAAAUACCAUAUUUCUACUCAUUCAUCAAUCCACACAAAAAUAGUACACUUCAAUUAAGUAACACACACCCACCACCUCUUGGCACAAACACAAGAACACAAACAUGGGCAAAGAUGUUGAGGUUCAAGAACAAGGUGGUGAAUUUUCAGCUAAGGAUUACCAAGAUCCACCACCAGCACCUUUGUUUGAUUUAGAUGAGUUAACAAAGUGGUCUUUGUACAGAGCUGUCAUAGCUGAGUUUGUAGCAACUCUUCUCUUCCUAUACAUCACUGUUUUGACCAUUAUUGGUUAUAGUAGACAAAGUGAUACCACUAUCAAAGGUAACACAGAAUGUGAUGGUGUUGGUGUUUUGGGAAUUGCUUGGGCUUUUGGUGGUAUGAUCUUCAUCCUUGUUUACUGCACCGCCGGUAUCUCUGGAGGACACAUUAAUCCGGCUGUGACCUUUGGGCUAUUUGUGGGACGCAAGGUGUCUUUAAUAAGGGCAUUCCUAUACAUAGUUGCACAAUGUUUAGGAGCAAUUUGUGGUGCUGGACUUGCAAAGGGGUUCCAAACAUCAUACUACAACAGGUACAAAGGAGGAGUUAACACUGUUUCUGAUGGUUACAGCAAAGGCACUGCUUUAGGUGCUGAAAUUAUUGGUACCUUUGUUUUGGUCUACACUGUUUUCUCUGCUACUGAUCCUAAGAGAAGUGCUAGGGAUUCCCAUGUUCCUGUAUUGGCACCACUUCCCAUUGGAUUUGCUGUGUUCAUGGUUCACUUGGCUACUAUCCCCGUUACCGGUACGGGCAUUAACCCCGCUAGGAGUUUCGGACCAGCCGUUAUCUUCAAUAACGAGAAAGCCUGGGAUGAUCAGUGGAUUUAUUGGGUUGGACCAUUUAUUGGUGCUGCUGUGGCUGCAAUUUACCACCAAUACAUCCUUAGAGGAUCAGCAAUUAAAGCUCUUGGAUCCUUCAGGAGCAAUGCUUAAUGAAUGAAUGAUGUUUGGUUUCAAUUAUUAUGUAUGAGUUGUUGGUGUUGGUCCUUUUAAGAAUAACAGUAUCAUCAUAUUGAGUAGUUGUCUACUGGUCCCUCGUGGAGCUAUGUCCUCUUGCUUUCAAUCCCAUGUUCGUAAUGGCCCUAUGUGUUUGGAAUUUGGAUUGGAUAAAGAAGCCAAAAUUACAUGGGGUCCUCAAAAUUGUAGAUAAGCAUGCUUAUGUUUUAAGGGUGUAUUUUUAUCCCUUCCUUUUUAUCUUUUUUUAUUUUUAUUUUAGUUUAUUUUUAUUCAAGAACAAGAACUUCUCAUGUGUAAUGUGUUCUCUUUAAUUUAUGUGAUAUGUUUCAAUCUCAAUGAAAAUUUCCAUUUUACUUGUUUCUUUAA